CAGCACACGUUAGCAAGCUGCUACAUUAGCAUCAUGCUAGCAACAAGUAAACAACAGUUUUGCUCCUCCUGCAGACUCGCUUAACUCACGUCCAUCGCUGUAACCCCUCUAAAGCCCUCUAGUUUAUCUAUCUCCGGUACAAAUGGACUUCACUGAGUGUGUUUUAUCGGCGGGCCGAGCCUUGCUGGAGAUGGUUGAGCGGGAGUGGCAGCCUCUGUCUGCGGGGGAGCUGGAGCACCGGCUGGACCAGGCGGUGGAGGAGAUCCUGGAGUCGGACCUGAUAGCAACACUUGAAGCGCAGCCUCCUCCUCCUCCUCCACAGACGAUCUACGUACAGUUACUGCCAAGUCAGGCGACCGUUGGACCCCAAAUUUUACACACAACAACCGCAACAACGUGCAGCCUCCCGGAGGAAGAUUCAGCAGAGUCCCAGGAGCAGCUGGAUCCUGUGGACGGUGCAGCAGUCAGGUACAUCUCAGACCUGCUUCAAAGCUCUAAAUCCAGGGCUCGGAUGGCCGGUCGGGCUCGUUUGUCUCUGUCCCACACCGUUCUCCUGUCUCUCACGCUGCUCUCUGAACGAGUCAGCUACCGAUCGGUGUCUCGCCGCUUCCAGCUGGAGAAAGGAAACAUCCACAGGAUCUUCUUUUCUUUCUGUGAACGUGUCAACAUGCUGGAGGAGAAGCAGAUCCGGUGGCCAGUCGGCAGAGAAGCUGAAGAGGCACUUUUUCCGUUUUCCAGUCUGCUUGGAAAAGACGAGCAGGACGAGGGACAAAGUGUCCCUGAAGUCCUGGGAGUGUUGGGACACAUUCGGAUCCCCAUCCGCCUGCCGAUAGGGAAGCAUGAUGUGCAGAGCUCAGUGCCUGAGGUGAAGAGAAUGAAGAAGGAGGCUCAUCCUGACUCCUGGUUAAACCUUGAGAUGGUGUGUGACCGUAGAGGACAGUUUCUUUACUGCAGAAUCAGUAAAGGAUCAGACGUGGACAGAGGCGGCGCUCUGAGAGACAAACUGAAACAGCAGCCUGAGUUGAUGCCCUCUGGGUCCUGCCUCGUAGCCAGAGCCGGAUACCCGCUCACUGCCCAGGUUUUAACCCCGUAUACAGAAAGUCACGGACCAAGGGAGGAACUGUUUAACAAGACGCUGGAGGAGCAUCUUCACAUCCUGGAUCAGGCUGUUGCCAACCUGAAAGCCAGAUUUAAAAGGCUCAGGUAUCUGGAUAUUGGACAUUAUGACCGAGCCAGAGCUGUUGUGCUGACUGCUUGUGUCCUGCACAAUGUGUUUUUGGAGAUGGGACAGGUUUUUCAAGGAGAAGUUGAGGAAGAGGAAGCCAUAUUAAGUGAGGGAGACAUGGAGGCUGAUAUCGAGGGCGUACGCAGACGUGACGCGAUUGCAGAUUUGUUGUUUAAAAACUUUGAUUCUGGAAACACGUGAUUUUAUGAUGGCUUGUAAAUAACAGUCUUCUGAGAUAAAGGUUUAUUUUAACAGAA